GAAGAGCUGAAAAGCCGGAGGAGAGGGCGAUCCCCGUCACAGUCGCGGACAGCACCACGAGCACGCGAGCCAUGGCAGAGUCACUGCGACGUCUCGCCAACAGCGGCGCGUACGGAGCCCUGCAGGAGAGGCUGGACUCCUGGCAAGACGACUACCACCUGAACACCUGCAACGAGAACCUGAGCCGCUGCUGUGAGCUCAUCGAGAUGACUUCGAAGGUGCAAAACCAGCUGUUUAACAUCAUGAGCAGCACGGCCAACAGGGGUGGGCCUACAGCUGGCGCGGAAACCAUCAAGUCCCGCUUCCUGCCGUGGCUGAGCAGCAGCUUCACCGUCUCCCCGUGUGUGUCGCCCGACACCAGCCUCACCCUCAUCCGGGAGGCGGCAGAGAAGGAGCGACAGCUGCAAGACCUGAGUACGCGCCACAUGCGGGAGGUCGGCUCACUGGAGUCGGAGCUGCAGACCACGCACCAGGCGCUGAGCAACGUCAAGCACCGAUUGCAAGAGACGACCUAUGACCUCGAAGAUGCAAAGACCAAGUCGGCUACCACCCUCCUGGCUACUGAGGAGGAGAUCCUUCAGCUGAGGGCCGACCUGCAAGCGGCGCGCGAGGAGGCCGAGGUGAACCGGCGCGAGCGCGAGGACAGCGAGAGGCAGGCGCGGUACCUGCAGGCCGAGAUGGCGACGCUGCAGCAGGAGAAGGCGCGCCUGCUGGAGCGCAUGUCGGGAUGGCUCUCGACGCCGUGCCGUGGCCGCAGCCCUUCGCCUCGCCGCAGCGCGUCCCCGAUCCGCUGCUCCUCGCCGGUCCGGAGCUCCUCGCCCAUCCGGAGCUGCUCCCCGAUCCGCAGCUGCACGCCGACGCGCGCGCGCCUCACCAACGCGUCGCGCCAAACCCGCCUCGUGGCUCGAUUCAACUCCAUCUACGCGGGCGACCGGCUGGACGCGCAGAGCCUGCUGCUGCGCUACCACGAUGACAUGGAGACCGUGCAGCGCAUCAUCUUCAUCGCCACCGUGGAGUCGUUCCGCGCAGCCAAGGCCGCCUUCCGCGAGCUGCGUCUGCGCACACGCAAGGCGCUCGCGUCGACGCACGCGGGGCCCGAGAGCAUGGAGGAAGCUGUGCUGGACUACAUCGUCCGCAACCUGGACCUCUAUGACGUGCAGAGCAGCGUGGCCGACGUCAUUCGGGAGCUGCACGCCGACCCGCGCAUCUCCUUCCCGCCUGAGGUGGAGUUUGCGCUGCUGGCGGGCUUCGUGCGCGAGGUGUGCCGCGUCGCCUUCGAGAUGCAGGCGCUGGAGCCGACGCUGGACGUGGCGCUCGCCGUCGAGGGGGAGCUCUACAACGAGCGCAAGUACCGGCGCAGCUAUGACUCGGAGUUCUCGGCGCCGCUGGUGGCCUGCCACGUGUGGCCCGCGCUCACGGAAGGGGGCAACGUCGCGGCCAAGGGGGAGGUGGUGACACGCCGCGGUGCACUGAGCUCUGGCCGACGCUCCCGCAGCAGGAACACGAGCCCGGUCCGCUCGCACUCCCUGAGUCCGCACCGGAGCAUGCGCAGUCGGAGCCCGUCACCGAUCCGAAGCCUCAGCCCACGUCGCUAAUCCCUGGAGGAUGUGCAAGCAGCAUGGAGCAAGAAUAGUAACGUGAAAGCCUAGAUACACCGUUAUGCAACUGAAGGGGGCGCGAUUAUACUGUGCAUAAAAUACGUACUCACAGACACGUGCAGUACACAGAUUCACACACACCUACACAUACAAAUCUAUGCAUACACACAGAAAGCAAACAUGUGAAAUCACGCACAUCCUUUGACACAUGGCAGAUCCCCCUUGGAGUCCGACUAAACUGUUGGAGCAAGUGGAGUUAGAGAGCACCUAUUAAGGCCUACUCCGUGCACGUCGAGUUGAUGUGGCGAGCAUCACGUCCAGCCACCAUUCUCCUCCCCAGCGUAGAUGUAUACAGACCGCACCAGGUACUCGUUUAAGACCGAGUCAGUACAAGGGGAGGCACAUGACCAGUUCAGAUAUUCGCCACUGAUGGUGGAUGUGAGUGGGAAUUGAUCUGUUUCCUGGGUUCGUAUCGUUGUGCGUGAGCCAUUACGCGCUGCGUGUGACAAAACACAGCAGUAGCACAGCGGUUCGCGCACUGCACUACGAACCCGGUGGCCAGAGUUGAAUUCCCGCUCACGGCCAUUAUCGUUGAUGGAUAUCUGAACUGGUGCUGGGCCUCUCUUAGGUUGACUCGGCCUUAAAUUAGAACCUGGUGAUGCGUGUAAACAUCACCGCUGGGGGGAGACAGGUGAAGUGGCGUGCUGCUCGCCGCCCACCCCCUCGUGUGCCGCGUUGGCCGACUUCACAGGUGCUCGCUAACAGCACCUGUCCCAAGUCUGUAAAAGCUAUCGGGGGCAUAUUUUUCUUUGUACGUCUUACUCGCAUCUGCACGUACAUGUACACACAAACACACAUCUAUGCUGUGAAAAAAAAAACUUUACAUUGUUAAAAUUGUGCUAAUUUUUUAUUAAGAAAAUAAUUAUUUUCUUAUUCAGAUAUCAUUUGUUUGGAAACAAAAUCUUAACAUAUAAUUAGACUUUUUAAAAAAAAGUAAUUAUAUUCAUUGUUAAAUCUACAUUGUUUAAGUUCUUGUGAAUGAAAUUAAAAAAAAACUAUUUAACCAAAUCAAGUUUUCAAACAACGGAUAGUAUUUUGAGUGGGUUUUGAAUACCCUGGGGGCAGAGGAGGUGUGUGUAUGCGAGCUCUCAUUCAAAUGUUUUCACUGCUCUGUGAAAUACCUUACCACGCACUGAUAAAGAACGCAGCAGCAGGGAAGAUUUAUACGGGUGCCUGUAAAAUAUCCAGCCUUUUACAUUUCAUUUUAAUCCUGGGACAUUUCUAGAGCACAUUGAGUUACAACACCUAUGCCACGUGACUUGAAUAAAACACGCUGAACUAACAGUGAUUUUAUAUAUUUGUUUUUAAACAAAAAAUUGCCUUUGACACCAACCAGGCAGUUUCCACCGUUUGGGUAUCUAACGCCCAAGUCAAAAGAUCCCAGCAGCAGCAUCAUCAGCGGCAGCAUCAUCAUCAGCGGCGGCAGUGUCUCUCUCGCUGCCCAACGUAACGCGCGCCAUCUGUAGGGGAGCAGAGACGUCGAGACGGGCAAAAGUGGCGACUUCUUGCGGGUAGGGCCCAGCGCGCCACCAGUUCCAUCCCCGCCGCCUGCACAAUCAUCACCCAAUGAAUGGACGAAACAUUCAUGGCCACGAAACGAAAACGGCAGCUUUGAGCGGUACACGCACGCGGUCGCCACCAUUCUCACCGUUGCCUUUCUCCAACGAUGCCGUCUGUCUGUAACCCAGGAUUCGAUCGCGCCUGUGCGUCCCAACACCGCCGUGGGCUGCAGGCCCCUAACGCGCAACCCUCCUCCCUCCAUCCCCACACACAAUGGUGCUUUUGCGCGUUUUCAUUUUAUGUUAUUGACAAACGCGAAUUACCUGCACGAGUCACUUUUGCUUCAUUCGUGUUGCUCACGUGUGGCAUGCAGUGUCCAAUCCCAAUGCGUUAAAAAGCAGGUUUUUUUGAACUGUAAUCAUUUCUCGUAGUUCGAUUUGCAUUGAUCAUUGUUGAUGAAAAUAAAACUUUGAAAUUC